UUUCACCAUGAUCUCUGUUGUCGUGAAGCUGUUUUAAUACAAACUGUUAGAAAUGUUGUUUCUGUAAAUAAAAAAAUACAGUUUUUAAAUCAGGUCAGUAAAUACCUGUAGUAAUAUUAUCAUCCUCAUAUAGUCGUGUCUAAGUUUUGAAGCAAGCAGGAAUAUCUGGAGGAGUAUCAUCUGAACUGAGAUCUGCUGCUGUGAAGAUGCUGUUUGUUAAAGAGGAGAGUGAGGAGGACAAGAGUGAACCAGAAACCUGGACAAUAAAACACGAGGAACCAGAAACCUGGAGAAUAAAGCACGAGGAUCAAGGCCUGAUGAAAGUAAAAGAAGAAAGACAAGAUCUGAAUGAAGUGGAGGAGAAACAUCAGGAUCAGAAAGAUCAUGAUGUCAAUGGAGAAAAACCAGUGAGUUGCAGCAUUCAAAUAACAGACGUCAAAAAGCUUUUCAGCUGCUCUCAGUGUGGAAACACUUUCAAACAUAAAGGAAGCCUUAUGAAACACAUGAGAAUCCAUAAUGGGGAAAAACCUUUCAGCUGUUUUCAGUGUGGAAACACUUUCACGUGUAACGAAAACCUUAAGAAUCACAUGUUAAUUCAUGCUGGAAUAAAGCCUUUUGCCUGCUCUCAGUGUGGAAAGAGUUUUACACAGAAAGGACACCUUAAGAAUCAUUUGGCAACUCACACUUUAGAAAAGCCUUUCAUCUGCUCUCAGUGUGGAAACACUUUCACACGGAAAACAAACCUUAAGAAUCACAUGUUAAUUCAUGCUGGAGUAAAGCCUUUUACCUGCUUUCAGUGUGGAAAGAGUUUUACACAGAAAGGACAACUUAAGGAUCAUUUUGUAACUCACACUUCAGAAAAUACUUUCAGCUGCUCUCAGUGUGGAAACACUUUCAAACAUAAAGGAAGCCUUAUGAAACACAUGAGAAUCCAUAAUGGGGAAAAGCCUUUCAGCUGUUUUCAGUGUGGAAACACUUUCACGUGUAAUGAAAACCUUAAGAAUCACAUGUUAAUUCAUGCUGGAAUAAAGCCUUUUACCUGCUCUCAGUGUGGAAAGAGUUUUACACAGAAAGGACACCUUAAGAAUCAUUUGGUAACUCACACUUCAGAAAAGCCUUUCAGCUGCUCUCAGUGUGGAAAGUCUUUCACACGUAAAGGAUACCUUGAGAUUCACAUGUUAAGUCAUGCUGGGUAAAAGCCUUUCAGCUGC